AUGUAAUAAUAAUAAAUAUUACCUCCAUACACAUUGACAUUAAAGGAGUUGCUGAGCAGACCCAAUUUGGUGGUUGUCUCCGAGGAAGGCAUGCGGUUCAGAACUGAAAUUCGGGAGGAUACUAGGAGUGCCUCUCCGAUUCCCAAGAAAGAGAGCAAUAAAACACUUAGAAUGGACAAGUCGAAAGAGUUCACGAGUGGAGCUCUUAGGAUUGGGAAUUCAUCGUUUUAUCAAGGGAGACAAAAAGACCCCCUCUUAAAUAGUAGUCAUUUAAAGGCUCAAAUCUAGAAGCCCUAUGAUUAGAAAUUGAUGGAGAAAUUAACGAGUAAGAUCUUAAGAGCAGAAACUCCGAUUCAGACUAUCUCAAAUAGAUUACAAGAAUUAUACAAUGAGUUUGACAAGAACAACAAAAGAAUAACGAGAUUUGAGGAAACCAUCGAUUAGAGCAAUAAAGAGGCCACUUUGGCUGUAAUUGAAUCCAAACUAGGCAAAUUGCAUGAAAAUUAUUAGAUUGAAUUGAAGAAAAGAGAGUGGACUCAAAAACACAUUCAAGAGGUGUUGAGACAGUAGAAGUUAUACAAUCAAAGAUAAAAUGAAUUGUACGACAGUAAUUUUGAGAGGCCUCGCAAUAAAGAAAUUGAGGAAUCAUAUUAUAAGGAUCCAAAAUAUUUACAGAGAAAACAAAUAAGAUUGCGUGAUUAUCAGAAGUAUAAAUACGAAGUAGAAAAUACUGGAAAUUGUAGCCAAUAAUUGGAAAACUUUAGUCCUGAGAAGAAAUCCGAUUAAUUUGAUAUUAUUUUAUUAUUAAAUAUUUAUUAAAAAUUUAACGUAUAUAUGAGUCAAUUGGAACCAUUUGAACAUCAUUACAGUCAUCAAUAUUAAGAGGUAUUCGGAUGUUGUCAUUAAAAUCGAAACUAUUAUUCUGAUAAAGUCAUCUGCAAAGAAUGUGGAAUAUUUUUAAAUAAUCCAAAUACUAGAGUAUACAAAACUCUAAAAAUGAAAUUCAGUGCCUUUUUCAAUCCUAUCAAAGUGUUAUAGAAUAUCUUAUCUGAAGGUUUCCCAAAAGAACCUAUUAAACAACGCUAACAGAUCAUCGAAUUCAUAUUACAGGCUUCUGAAAGAUUAAAUCUAACAUUAAAUACAUCAUUUUUAGCAAUUAAUUACAUAGAUGAAUAUUUGAGCAAGGUUUCAAUCAAUGAAAAUUAAACCUAUUUAUUCGUAGCAACUGCUUUGAUGUUAGCAGCAAAGGCUUAAGAACUAGAUGAACGAGUGCCUUUCAUUAGUAAACUGAAAAGAUAUGCUUCAAUGACAAAUCAUCCUGAAAUCAGUCAAUAUUCAACUAGAGAAUACAAAUUUGCAGAGAGGUCUUUGAUUCAGACAAUGGAAUGGAAAUUGUAAAGAGUCACUUUACUUGAUCGAAUAGAAGCUAUCCUUUCCUUUGGAGUCAUAGAUGACGAUGAUAGUUUGGGAUAAUAGCAACAACAAAAGGAAAACAAAGAGAGUUCACAUUAACAACAUGUAAAACUAAGAGAUCUCCAAGAAAAUCAAAUCUUACUUUACGUGAAAGAGGUUGAAAAUAAAUACGCAGACGUAGCAUUGCAAAUCAUCAGAGAUGAUCAUUUGUACUUUGGAACAGAUCAAACGAUCUUAGCACUCUCUUGCGUAGCCUAUUUAAGAAAAAAGGCAGGACUACUAAACAUAUGGUCAUAGCAAUUACAGUGUCUGACUGGUAUAAGUGCUCAGAAGGUUUCAUCUUCAGUCUCCUAGAUUAUGACACUGAUUGCUAAAAGUAAAAGCUUCAAAACUAUAACCAAUCUUUAAUUAACUCCUUAAGAAAUCUACUUCUAACCUCUUAUGCCUAACAACACACUGACCACCAUAAGCACAAAUCAUCUCAACAAUCGACCCUUCCCAUUCGAGACCAAAAGAUAAUCCUAUGGUGACAUUAUGAUGCAAAGUAGCAAAUUGAAGAUUCCUUUAUAUCAGUCACAAUCGACUGUGCAAAUAGCUGACAUCCAAAAACAGAACCAUUUGUUUAAGCACACCAAUUUCACUACUGCCACCAACUAUACAUAUCUCAAUGAGAAUCCUGUUACUCACAUUGUCUAAUAGUUUGCUAUUCCCCAAAGUCAAGAACUUGACAAAAAAUAUGAGCAAGUACAUAAAGUUAGUGGAAGUAUGUUCAGACCUGUUCAAUGA